CAAACACUUAAUUUGCAAAACAAUGGUGAGGGGAUAGUAUUUAAUUAAUUCUAUAUCUAUAUAUAAAUCUCUAGUUUCCCGAAAUUCCCUUCCAUAGUUUCAUACCGUACCCUGCCGCCCGCAGAAGCUUUCAUAAAACCAUCGACAUGUCGUCUUCGUCCAUGGAACUCAUCGAGAAGCACCGAGAGAACGCCGAGAUACACACAGAUCCGACGGUUUGCAAGGAGAAGGUCCUGGAGCUCCUCCGGGAGAUCAACAUGCCGUCGGGGCUCCUCCCCCUGGGCGACAUCGCGGAGGUCGGGCGGAACUUGGAGACCGGAUUCGUGUGGCUGAGGCAGAAGGCGGCCAGGGAGCACACUUUCGAGAAGAUCGGGAAGCGCGUCUGGUACGACAAAGAGGUCACCGCCUUCGUCGAAGACCGGCGGAUGAAACGCGUCACCGGCGUCCAGUCCAAGGAGCUCCUCAUCUGGGUCACCCUCUCUUACAUCCACAUCCCCGACCCGGAUGCCGGAAAAAUCGUUUUCGCCACCCCUGCCGGCCUCUCCAGGUCCUAUCAGGUCUCGGCGUUUGAAGACGACGACAAGAACUGAAGCUAGAUCCACCGGGUCAAUCAAUAAACUGGAACACUCAAACCUCACCUCGCCGCUAUAUCAGUUCUCUAUAUUGCUCUAAUUUUAUAGAUUCCUAAAUGGUACAAAUUCUAAUUCCACAUCUCUUCUCUACUUAUUUCAUCUUUAUAGAUAUUCGACAUUGUUCCAUGCGUAUGUAUACCUUGUCUCCAUUUUACUCGUACUUUAACGAAUUUCUCUUGUUAUUUGGAGCCCAUUUGAUUUGCUUUAAUUAGAUCUUAUCACCAACGAGAAAUCAUUUUGUCCCAACACUCAAAACUUAACCAGCAAAUCAUCGAUGCUUAAGAUUUAGCUACUCUGAAAGACUAAAACAUCCAAAUAGACCACAUCUAAAAAAAAAAGUGGAAUUGGGGUUUUGGAUUACAGUUGAUCACAUCUAAAAAAGAAAAAAACUAUUUGUACUACACAUUUUUUUGUACACAAACCAAAGUUGUCUCACAACGGUUGGAGUGUCAUUUUAGGUCUUUUAGUCUGGCAGGCUAGAUCCAUGGAAUUGAAGCACAUGCUUUCUCACAUUAAAAAGAAGGAUAUUAAUAUGAUGGAUCAAUAUAUGUGUGAGAUAAAGUUUAGAAAUAAUGACAUGAAUAAUACUAAGGAGUUUUGGCUGGACAAAAAUAGGACUAGAUUUGAAUUGGACAAAAAAAAUCAAAUUUUAAGCAAUGGACCGAUAGGCCCCUAUCAAUCUAUCAGGCUAUCGUCGAAAUUGUCCGCUUCUCCCCAACCUACCCCUCCCGUCGAAACCAUCUGCUUCUCCUAGAUAACCAUAGCCAGCCUCUCUCAGAGCUUACACCAUCGAUCGCCGCAGCCCCUUCUCCGCCACAGCCCCUUCACCGCCGCUAGUCCGCAACUGCAGCAUCGCACAUCACAUCCCCUUCAGAUCUACAACAAAGACCGAAUCUACACCCCGCUUCUUCUCCUACCCUUUAUUCAGACACGAGUUUGACUAGAUCAACGAUGAAUCAAACGUUAGUUUCAUAUCUCGCAGUUGGUCGGGACAGGGAUUCGGCGUAGGGUACGGAGCGAGUACGGUGCGUGGCUAGGGUUCGAUCUAUGAGUCUAGUGUGGCGGGCGGUUAGGGCUCGUUUGGUCGGUGUUGGAUCUGAGGGCGGGGCACGAAGAUGGGAUUCGACGCUUACAGGGGGCGCGGUGUGGGGCUGGGGCUGCGAUUGUGCAAGGUUUGGAAGAGGG